AUGAUUAGAGUUGGGCCGACGUUUAAAACAUAUGGAACGUCCUGGGAUCACCAAGGAAAAACAGAAAUCGCGCAGAUCUUCAUCUCUAGCACUCCGUAUCGGAUUAACUCCCUGCACUUUGUUUACGUGGAGAAUGGACGACACGUCUUGUCUGAGAGAAUUGGCGGGGAUGGCAGUGCUUCUAUGAACACGGUCACUCUUGACUAUCCAUCGGAGUAUAUUACUAGAGUAAGUGGCAAAUAUCAAUCAUCUAACUUUUUAGUUUCUAUUACUUUCUAUACCAACAAAGGAACGUAUGGACCAUUUGUUCCCAACAAUCUCGAGAAACCUGUCUACCCACCGAUCGAGUUUAAUUAUGAAAUUGGAGGUAAGUUUUAUGGAUUCUUUGGCACUUACACCAGCAAUGAGAUCGAAAGCAUUGGACUUUAUAUGAAGCCAAUCCAGACGCUAUCCAACACUCGCCGCUUGCCGACCAUCUAA